AUGCUUUCUUCCAGGGGUGACAUUCUCAACCUUCUUCGUGAGAAUUUGUCUGAGGAUCAAAAUCACAUGAAGUUGUUGUAUGCAAAUGCUAAUUGUAGAGGGGUAAAUUCUGAGUGUGGUUCUCGGGUUUACGUGAAACUCCAACAUUACCAUCAUAUUUCCUUGUCUGGUGAAAAAUACAACAUACUAUCUAUGCGGUACUACAACUCGUUCAUUACUCUAGAUCGUAGCGGUGUGGUGGUAUCCAAGUUAGAGCUCCCUACAAAUUCAAAGAUCCACAAUGUAUUCCAUUGUUCUGUCCUUAAAGUUCACCAAACAUACAUACUAAUCGGAAGGAGAACAAACAUACUAAUCGGAAAGGAGUGA